CUCUCUCCACCAAAGAACCCUCACACAAUACUAAACAGCUCCUUGAAGCGGCGCUGUUUUCUCCCCUUUCUGCUUUCUGUCUGUUUCUUCCGAUUCAGCCUCUUUCCAAAGCGGUCUUCUCACUUCUGUCCUGUCCAGAAUUAAAUAGAAGCCUUCAAUUAACAACUUCCCUCCUUUUUGUUCACGCAUACAAGUACCAUUUUCAUCUUCAAUUAAAUCUGGUCCUUUAAUCCCAGAUCUGUAAUCUGUCACAUAUAUUGCGAAAAAACUCUGAUCCGAUCCAAUCCAAUCCUUCAUUUUUACUUAUUUUAUUUUAUAUUUUCUCCCAUAAGCAACAAGAGUUCCAUACAUAGUUAAAUACUUAAAACUCUUCCAACAUAAGUAAACAGUAGAACACUCCACUUGAUAACUAUCUACGUCUUCAAUAAAAAAAAAAUAAAUUGAAUCAAAUGUCAAAGUCACUCUCGCUAACGUCCUCGUCUCUCAACAACCCUCAGCUGAAUGGUUUUCGAAAACGCAACAAUUCCCCACAGGGUCGGCUGGUGAGCCUCUCCGUCAAUCGGAGCAAAGCAUUCACACUAUGCUCUGCUCCGGGGGACAAGAAGAGGUUCUUCGGCCCGCGGCUGCGAUCAAGCGGGUCCGAGAGGAUCCGCUUGUGGCAGUUUGGUGGGCCGGGCUGGUUACCAAAGGUGACAGUCCGGUCCGCAUUCUCGGCGGUGCCGGAGAAGCCGUUGGGGCUCUAUGAUCCCAAAAUGGAUAAGGACUCGUGCGGGGUUGGGUUCGUUGCUGAAUUGUCUGGUCAAAGUAGCCGCAAAACUGUAACAGAUGCGUUAGAGAUGUUGGUGAGAAUGACGCAUAGAGGUGCUUGCGGGUGCGAGGCCAACACUGGUGAUGGAGCAGGGAUUCUUGUGGCUCUGCCUCAUGAUUUUUACAAGGAGGUUGUGGAGUUUGAGCUUCCCCCCCAAGGAAAAUAUGCAGUUGGCAUGCUUUUCUUGCCUAAAUCUGAUAUUCGUAGGAAAGAAAGCAAAAAUAUAUUUCAAAAGGUUGCGGAGAGUCUGGGGCACUCAGUUAUUGGUUGGCGCUCCGUUCCCACAGACAACACAGGAUUGGGCAAAUCAGCUGUACAGACUGAACCAGUGAUUGAGCAAGUGUUUCUUACUCCAAGUGCUCAAUCAAAAGUUGAUUUGGAAAGACAGAUGUACAUAUUAAGGAAGCUUAGCAUGGCCGCUAUUACAUCCGCCUUGAACCUCCAAAAUGACGGCAUUGCUGAUUUCUAUAUCUGUUCACUUUCGUCAAGGACUGUUGUUUACAAAGGUCAGCUAACACCAGCUCAACUGAGGGAAUAUUAUUUUGCGGACCUAGGCAAUGAAAGGUUUACGAGCUACAUGGCCCUGAUACAUUCACGGUUUUCUACAAAUACCUUCCCUAGCUGGGAUCGUGCUCAGCCUAUGCAAAUAUUGGGACACAAUGGAGAGAUCAACACUCUAAGAGGCAAUGUCAACUGGAUGAAGGCGCGUGAGGGGUUACUGAAGUGCAAGGCACUUGGUUUAUCAGAGGAUGAAUUAAAGAAGCUUUUGCCCAUUGUCAAUGCAAAUUCAUCUGAUUCAGGAGCUUUUGAUGGCGUUCUUGAGUUUUUGGUUCAAUCUGGAAAAAGUCUUCCUGAAGCUGUUAUGAUGAUGAUUCCUGAGGCAUGGCAAAACGAUAAAAACAUGGAUCCUCAACGUAAAGCAUUUUAUGAAUACUAUUCAGCUCUCAUGGAGCCAUGGGAUGGACCAGCUCUUAUAUCAUUUACUGAUGGUCACUAUCUUGGAGCUACACUGGAUAGGAAUGGACUGCGACCUGGCCGCUUCUAUGUUACUCACAGUGGACGAGUUAUAAUGGCAAGUGAAGUUGGAGUCGUAGACAUUCCUCCUGAAGAUGUGUGUAGGAAAGGAAGAUUAAAUCCUGGCAUGAUGCUUCUGGUAGAUUUUGAUAAGCACAUUGUUGUUGAUGAUGAUGCCUUAAAGGAACAGUAUUCGUUGGCAAGGCCCUAUGGGGAGUGGCUCAAAAGACAGAAGAUUGAACUCAAAGACAUAGUAGAUUCUGUUGAUGAAUCUGAAAGAGUUCCACCAACAAUCGCAGGAGUGGCUCCGCUCUCUAGUGAUGAUGUGGAUAUGGAAAAUAUGGGAAUUCAUGGUCUACUGGCUCCAUUGAAAGCUUUUGGAUAUACGGUUGAAUCAUUGGAAAUGCUAUUACUUCCUAUGGCAAAAGAUGGUGUAGAAGCCCUAGGGUCAAUGGGAAAUGAUACUCCAUUAGCUGUCAUGUCCAAUAGAGAAAAGCUCACUUUCGAGUACUUCAAACAAAUGUUUGCUCAAGUGACAAAUCCUCCAAUUGAUCCUAUUCGUGAGAAAAUAGUUACUUCAAUGGAAUGUAUGGUUGGUCCAGAAGGUGAUCUGACACAAACAACAGAGGAACAAUGUCACCGCCUUUCACUAAAAAGUCCCCUUUUGACCAUUGAACAAAUGGAAGCGAUUAAAAGGAUGAAUUACAGAGGAUGGCGGAACAAAGUUAUAGACAUAACUUACUCAAAGGAAUGUGGUAAGAGAGGAUUGGAAGAAGCAUUGGACAGGAUAUGUGCAGAAGCACAUGGUGCAAUUAGUGAAGGCUACACAACCCUUGUUCUUUCUGAUAGAGCUUUCUCGAGGAAACGUGGCGAACCACGUGAAGUGCACCAUUUCUGCACACUUGUCGGUUUUGGUGCUGAUGCUAUAUGCCCUUAUUUGGCUGUGGAGGCAAUAUGGAGACUCCAAGUUGAUGGAAGGAUCCCACCUAAAGCAAGUGGUCAAUUCUACUCAAAAGAUGAGUUGGUCAAGAAGUACUUUAAAGCAAGCAACUAUGGCAUGAUGAAGGUUCUUGCAAAGAUGGGAAUAUCAACUUUGGCCUCCUACAAAGGUGCUCAGAUUUUUGAAGCUCUGGGUCUUUCUUCAGAGGUGAUUGAAAAGUGCUUUGCUGGAACACCUAGUCGAGUUGAGGGUGCUACAUUUGAGAUGCUUGCUCGGGAUGCUCUACAACUGCAUGCAUUGGCAUUUCCUACUCGGGUUUUCUCUCCUGGAAGUGCUGAAGCUGUUGCGUUGCCCAAUCCUGGGGAUUAUCAUUGGAGGAAAGGUGGUGAAAUUCAUCUGAAUGAUCCGCUUGCAAUAGCAAAGCUUCAGGAGGCUGCCAGAACUAACAGUAUAGAUGCAUAUAAACAGUAUUCUAAGCUCAUUCACGAGUUGAAUAAAGCUUGCAAUUUGCGGGGAAUCCUGAAAUUCAAAGAGACAUCCACAAAGAUUCCCAUUGAUCAAGUGGAACCAGCCAGUGAAAUAGUUAAACGGUUUUGCACUGGGGCCAUGAGUUAUGGGUCAAUAUCAUUGGAGGCACACACAACAUUAGCAAUGGCUAUGAAUAAACUUGGAGGGAAAUCAAAUACAGGUGAGGGCGGUGAACAACCAUCUCGUAUGGAGCCUCUUCCUGAUGGUUCAAUGAAUCCCAAAAGGAGUGCCAUCAAACAAGUUGCUAGUGGAAGAUUUGGAGUCUCAAGUUACUACCUUACUAAUGCUGAUGAACUACAGAUAAAGAUGGCCCAGGGUGCAAAACCUGGUGAGGGAGGUGAACUUCCUGGCCACAAAGUUAUAGGAGACAUUGCCGUCACUAGAAAUUCAACUGCUGGAGUAGGACUUAUCAGUCCACCUCCCCAUCAUGAUAUUUAUUCAAUCGAAGACCUUGCGCAACUGAUUUAUGAUCUAAAGAAUGCCAACCCAUCUGCUCGAAUUAGCGUGAAGUUAGUUUCUGAAGCUGGAGUGGGGAUAAUUGCUAGCGGAGUUGUUAAAGGUCAUGCGGACCAUGUCUUGAUCUCAGGUCACGAUGGAGGUACAGGGGCAUCUAGAUGGACCGGCAUAAAGAAUGCUGGUUUGCCUUGGGAACUUGGCCUAGCUGAGACUCACCAGACAUUGGUUGCGAAUGACCUACGUGGUCGCACAGUUCUUCAAACUGAUGGCCAACUCAAAACAGGAAGAGAUGUGGCCAUAGCUGCUCUUCUUGGAGCAGAAGAGUUCGGUUUCAGCACUGCUCCACUCAUUACUCUUGGCUGUAUCAUGAUGCGGAAGUGUCACAAGAACACCUGUCCUGUUGGCAUUGCUACCCAAGAUCCAGUACUUAGAGAGAAGUUUGCCGGAGAACCUGAGCAUGUUAUUAACUUCUUUUUCAUGGUAGCUGAAGAGAUGAGAGAAAUUAUGUCUAACCUUGGGUUUAAAACUGUUGAUGAGAUGGUUGGCCGUUCAGAUAAGCUUGAAGUUGAUAAGGAAAUUGUUAAGAGCAAUGAGAAACUGGAAAACCUUGAUCUCUCUCUAUUGCUUAGACCUGCAGCUGAACUGCGACCGGGAGCUGCACAGUACUGUAUGCAAAAACAAGAUCAUGGCUUGGACAUGGCCUUGGAUAAUCAGCUCAUCAGUUUGUCCAAUGCUUCUUUGGAAAAGGGUCUCCCAGUAUACAUUGAAACUCCAAUACAGAAUGUAAACCGUGCUGUGGGAACUAUGCUUAGCCAUGAGGUUACUAAACGAUACCACUUAGCUGGUCUUCCAACUGGCACCAUCCAUAUCAGAUUUACUGGCAGUGCUGGCCAGAGCUUUGGUGCAUUCCUCUGUCCUGGAAUCACUUUGGAACUUGAAGGUGAUGGCAACGACUAUGUCGGUAAAGGAUUGUCAGGAGGAAAAAUUAUAGUUUAUCCUCCAAAAGGAAGCAACUUUGACCCUAAGGAGAACAUUGUAAUUGGUAAUGUGGCGCUGUACGGUGCAACCUGUGGUGAAGCAUAUUUCAAUGGGAUGGCAGCAGAAAGAUUUUGUGUGCGUAACUCCGGGGCUAAGGCAGUUGUGGAAGGGAUUGGUGAUCAUGGAUGUGAGUACAUGACUGGUGGGACUGUCGUUGUGCUUGGGAAAACUGGUAGAAAUUUUGCUGCUGGUAUGAGUGGUGGGAUUGCUUAUGUUCUUGAUGUGGAUGGAAAAUUCAAAUCUCGAUGCAACCCCGAGCUUGUAGAUUUGGACAAGGUUGAAGAGGAAGAGGAUAUUAUUACGCUAAGAAUGUUGAUACAGCAACAUCAACGGCACACAAAUAGCAUGCUUGCCAAAGAAGUUCUUGCUGAUUUUGAGAAUCUACUUCCUAAAUUCAUCAAGGUGUUCCCAAGGGAGUACAAGCGCGCUCUUGCAAAUAUGAAGUCUGAGCAGACCUCCAAUGAUACAGUAGAUGAUGAUGAAGCGCAGGCCGUUGAGAAGGAUGCAUUUGAAGAGCUUAAGAAACUGGCAACUUCAUCUGUGAAUGAGAAGCCAAGUCAGGCUGUAUCACCCAAGAGGCCAACUCAGGUUACUGAUGCCGUUAAACAUCGAGGUUUUGUUGCAUAUGAGCGUGAGGGUGUUCAGUAUCGGGAUCCUAAUCUUCGGAUGAAUGAUUGGAAGGAGGUGAUGGAAAAGACGAAGCCUGGUCCCCUUUUGAAAACACAGUCUGCCCGAUGCAUGGACUGCGGUACUCCUUUCUGUCAUCAGGAGAAUUCUGGAUGUCCUCUUGGAAAUAAAAUACCAGAGUUUAACGAAUUAGUGUACCAAAAUAGAUGGCGCGAUGCAUUAGAAAGGCUUCUUGAAACAAAUAACUUUCCUGAAUUUACUGGUCGUGUGUGCCCUGCACCUUGUGAAGGUUCUUGUGUCCUUGGUAUUAUCGAAAAUCCGGUGUCUAUUAAAAGCAUUGAAUGUGCCAUCAUAGAUAAGGCUUUUGAGGAAGGUUGGAUGGUGCCACGACCUCCACUUAGGAGAACUGGGAAAAGGGUUGCCAUUAUUGGAAGUGGACCAGCUGGUCUAGCAGCUGCUGAUCAACUAAACAAAAUGGGCCAUACAAUAACAGUGUAUGAACGAGCUGAUAGGAUUGGAGGGCUUAUGAUGUAUGGGGUUCCCAACAUGAAAACUGACAAAGUUGAUAUAGUUCAACGGCGAGUCAACCUUAUGGCUGAGGAAGGAGUAACUUUUGUUGUGAAUGCUAACGUUGGACGUGAUCCUUUGUACUCUCUUGAUCGGAUUCGAGAGGAGAACGAUGCUAUUGUCUUGGCUGUUGGAGCCACAGAACCAAGAGAUCUUCCGGUGCCUGGACGUGAGCUCUCAGGAGUUCAUUUUGCCAUGGAGUUUCUUCAUGCGAACACUAAGAGCUUGCUUGAUAGCAAUCUUCAGGAUGGUAAUUACAUUUCUGCCAAGGGCAAGAAAGUUGUUGUCAUAGGUGGGGGUGACACUGGUACCGAUUGCAUAGGGACAUCCAUUCGUCAUGGUUGCAGUAGCAUUAUAAAUCUCGAACUUCUUCCUGAGCCACCUCGCACAAGAGCCCCAGGAAACCCUUGGCCUCAGUGGCCUCGCAUAUUCCGUGUAGAUUACGGGCACCAAGAAGCUGCUGCUAAAUUCGGGAAAGAUCCAAGAUCAUAUGAGGUACUGACAAAGCGUUUUGUUGGAGAUGAAAACGGAGUGGUGAAAGGACUUGAAGUGGUACGUGUCUGUUGGGAGAAGGAUCAAACUGGCAAGUUUCAAUUUAAAGAAAUUGAAGGCACUGAGGAGAUCAUUCAAGCUGACCUAGUUUUACUAGCCAUGGGCUUUCUUGGCCCUGAAUAUACAAUUGCAAAGAAGUUGGGUAUGGAGCGAGACAACCGGUCAAAUUUCAAGGCUGAUUAUGGUCGCUUCUCAACCAGUGUCAAAGGAGUGUUUGCAGCUGGCGAUUGUCGCCGGGGUCAAUCCCUGGUGGUAUGGGCUAUUUCAGAGGGACGACAAGCCGCGGCACAAGUUGACAAGUACCUCAUUAAAGAGGAAAAAGAGCACAAAGUUGUGGGGAGUAAGGAUGAACUAGUCAAGAGGCAACAAGACCUCAACAAGAAGCACCAGGACAGUAGCAAACACACAGUGAUGACCUAAGAAGUAACCGUGAGUUUUCGUGCUCUCAGAUGUACUCAAUAAAAGCGCAUAGAAUAAAAAGAAAAGGAAGGUUGUUUACCUUGGGCAAUUUCUUGUGUGGCAAGUUGGUGAUCCAAAAUGGAAAAACAAGGAGAAAAUAAAGGAGUGUAGUAUGUGGAAAGGAAAAAUUUUGUCUUGGCACUUUUCUUCUGAGGGUGUUGUAAUUUGAAAUGUACAGUAUAAAGUUUUAAACUAGUCCCAAUGAGUUCAUGGGGCUACGAAAAUUUUACCUCGUGAAACUUGAUAAGAGAAAAUGAUCUAGUAUUAACUUGUGUUAGGCUGGAUCCGUCGUCCUCCAUUUGGUUCUUCAAUUUCAAUCCAUCGAUUAAAGCA